AUGGACCCUUUUAUAUACCUCUCGUCGGAGACCCGAGCUCAAAUUCUCAUCCUACUACGCUCUGAGGAUGACAUGGGUCGACUCUGCCAGGCAUCGCCAGUCAUGCUGGGCCAUUUUCUUCACUACAAAUCAUACAUUUCUCGGGAGCAGCUAUCAACCGAUCUCGACAAUGACCUCCUUCAAGACGCCAUGGCCAUCGUUCACUUUCCUACGACCCGUAUCACCCCUCACGACGAGUACGAGACUGCGGUUGCUCUCCACAUGGCAAAGUGGUCGCGCAGACAAUUCCCCAACCUCCUCGUGACUGAAGACAGGAUAAGCAUUGUCAAACUUGGCGGCCUCUUUCGUCGACUGCACAAGUACAUGAGCGACUACAUGGCCAAGGCAACAUCAUCCAGCAUCCCGAGAGCAUACCUCUGCCUCGAUAACGUGUCGAAAGGACGGAGUCAUUCCAAAUAUACCCAUAAGACGUUCAACUUAAACAGGCUCAACUAUGAUGAAAAGAAGCGGCUCUUACAGACGUUUCUGAGGUAUGAGCUAUUCUACAAGGUCGAACACCCGCGAUUCAAGGCAGAGGGUGUCACGGAAAGAACCAGGUUUCUCGCGGUAAAAGGAGGCAACCGGCUACAGAAAUGGGAUUUGGAAGGAAUACGUUGUGUUCACGAGUAUGUCAGGUCUCUCUAUGGAGCCGUGUUGGCGCAUUGUAGCGGCGUCUAUCGACCUGAGCCUGAAGUGCAGAUUGCCAGCCGAGCAAGCCACUGGCAUUUCAAAGCCGACCUGUAUGGUUCCGACCUCGAGCUCCCUGGAAUUUACACUCACAAUACGCCAAUGCUGGCCGACUUUGGCUUCGAGCUCAUCUCGACCUUGAUCCAUGUGGCGACUCGAGGGGAGAAGGGCCGUCAAAAGGCGAUAAAAUGGUUCAAGUUGUUCGUCAAUGAGACUGAACCUACGUUGAAAAGAUCAAUACCAUUUCCUGGAGGCUUGGCUCUUAAUUUCGAUCGCCCACGUACUCGAGAAAAGGACUUUGAAAAGACUCCCAGCGUGUGUCAGAAGCUCUUCGCUGCUGUACGAAGCCAAGAGUGGCUUGGCUCCGCGUACGAACCCUCCGAGGCGGCCCUCCGUCGAUCUGUGUUCCGGCAGCGAGCCUGGUUUCUAUUGGAUGAUUCUCGUCUGUACCCACGACCUCGUCUCUCACAUUUCCCUUUGAAGCAACAUAUGAAGAAUCACAGCAGAAAGAAGUCGCUGUGCACCCAGUUCUCCCAGACACGGCUCUGA